AUGUCAGACAACCUAUUACAACGCAUCACUACAUCUGUCUCGGCUGCGGCUGAGCUCAAUAAACACGCUGAAAGGCUAAGAAGUGUACGAAUGGAAGAAGUUGAAGCUGUUUCUCAACGUCGAAAGCAUCGUCAUUCGCAGGUCGUUCAGCAAAAUGCCUGCAUACGAUCCAUUCCACAUAGCGUCACUAUGCCUAACCUACCCAAGUCAUCGGGAGACCUAUGUGCGAAUUUACCUGCGAACCCCACAACUUGGAGUCCGAGCGAAUUGGCCAUGUACCUUUCACAUGUCUUGAAUCUUGGGCCUGCUAGACUGAUUGCAGAUAUCCGAGCCUACGUGAUUGGUGCUGGUAUGGGCGGUCGAAAGUUCCUGCAGAUGACUAGACAAGAAUUCCAAGAUUCUGGACUGAAUCAAAACUGGGUGAAGAUGAUGAGUGAGGCUAGAAAUCGUCUUCGCCGAGAGUGUCGUCGCAAUCGCAGUGAAACACAUGAUCAGGUAGAUUGGGAAGAUGAUGAGAAAGGAUCACCGGAUCCACUACAGGGCGAGAGUCCUCAUACCACAGCUUCUCGGAUUCAAAAUCAAAAUCAUCCAUCUAAAUUUAUUUCUGCUGGUCAAGUUCGGGGUAUAACGAAGUACUUUGAAGAUGAAGACCCCAAAAUUCGUCUCACUCCUGCACCUUUUCAAGGUGGUGUGGUGGAUGAUUCAGAUCAAAGUUUCUUAGUCAAAACUUAUCGAAGUUAUCGUCCAUAUGACCCAUCGUCACCUCUUGCUACAAAGACUGCACCUGCACUCCCACCGUCGCGUGACGCUAUAUCUCGGCUGUCUAGAACAUGUUCUCGGACAUCAAGCAUUGACAGUUUUGGAAGCGUGUUGAGUACCGAUGAGAUCGAUAUCACAUCUAUCCCACAGAUCCCCCCCGCUCUGAUUUGCAACACACUGGUCGAAGCUGAGAAAUCAGUAGAAUGGAAUGAAGGCACCACACUAUUUCGAUCACCGAGUCCAUUGGGCAAUCUUCAUAGGAUGUCUGACUCGCCGCCAACCUCGUCAAACAAUUUAGCUCUGCAUCAAAAUAAGUACGAAUGUUCUAACCUGCAAGCCCGGACCUUGAACCUGUCGAUCAAAUCUGGCCGUUCUGCUCUCAAGGAUCUUCACAUCCCUAUUCCAACCCUUCCCUUACCCGACGGAAAGGAAGUUUCGGGGCUUUUGUCUUCAAUCGUAGGACAAGCCGAUGCCACACUCCCAUUAAAUACAGUAUCUCCAAUCGCUUCCACAUCAAUAAUCAACUCAUCGCGAGCGCUUUCUCUCCAAAACUGCACGUGCAAUGCGUCUUCAUCAUACUCCAAUCCUCAAACUUUGGGUGAAUCAGAUGUAUGCGAUAAUUCUAAUCUUGAUGAUGGGAGAGAUGAAUGCUUCCUGAUUAAGGAGCUAUUGGCCCAUACCGAAGAGAUCCUCAGCACACCUCAAAAAAAACCAAGGCUUGAACCUUUAGGUCUUCCUAGUGGGUUUCACUCUGAUCAUCAUUCAAGGGAUACAAUUCUUGUUUCAGCUAGUAAAUUGAAAGCAAUGGAACGCUCAAUGUUUGAGAUUGAAGAUAGAUUGAAAAGAUCAAAAUCAAAAGAAAUUCUAAUGAACUCAAGGGAAGUAUCUGGUACCAGUGUUAGAUCUGAUAGGAUGGCUGAUGAUCCAACCAGCUGGAGUGAACUUGGUGGAUAUAUCGUUAUGGCUACUCUUGGUUUAGGUAUUGUUGCUGGACGUGUACUUGCUUCCAAAACACUUGGUUGGAAGAAAUCUUGAUGAUUUAUUUCAAAGUGUUUUGGGUUUGAAGAGUUUGUUGGUUUAUUAUUCACCUUAUGUAGUCGAGAUAUCAGUGGAGAAUUUUAGUAGUAUAUUUGGUUCUUUCUUGUCAUUCACUUAUUAUCGUCUUGAUUUGAUGACAAUCUUCUGUUAUGGUUCUUCUUGUAUCUCUUCAUCGCCUUUCAUUCAAUUCCUUCAUGUACUGAACACCACAUCUCCAAAAUUGUAAAACUAGAGCAUUGGGGGCGGCAAAACAAUGGUGUUGGACUUCC